GGUUAUGUUCGCGUUCACAUCAAAAUGAAGGUUAAAAAGUUUCACAAGUAAAAAGAAAAUGUGCCGUUUUAAAACGAUGUGAGAAGUAAGACUUUUUCGUUUAAAUUUAAGAAGAUGUCGACACACGACGACGAUGAAAUCGACAACAUCGAUAAUUACGACUGUUAUGGACAAACACCGCCUCGGACACGAAUUUCGAGGAAAAUACGAGAGAGGAAACAGCGUGACAGCUACGGUACAUCCGGUCUAAAAAACCUGCCAAAGAUGGUUCGCCCAGACAAGAGGAACAUCUCCCGGAGAAACACCGUCAGUUUUAUGUACGAUGAACUCCUCGCCAAAGCAGAAAUAUCCGAAAAUAAUUCCACCGAACAAAUUGUUAAACGUGCGGAUAAACGCAGCAUGAAACUUCAACGAGGUUCCGAACGGGAUUUAAAACUAGAUAUUGGUUUGGCACAAAAUUUCAAUUCUCAACCGGAAUCAAAAGAAACCGUUCCUGAUUUAUUACCGCCUCCUCCAUCAACACCACAACCUAGCGUUCAAGUGGAAAGUUCGAAACAAUUUAAAAGUUUAGCAUCUAAACGUGUGGCCCCUUUAAAUCGACGUCAAGCUCGAUCGGUUUCCGGUAGUUUUGCAAACGGCGAUUUAAGCUUUAUCAAGAGAUGCCCUCCAUCCCGAAUCGAAUUCCAUCGGACUUUCGGCGUUUUAAUCAAUAUGGGUGUCCAAAGGGAUAAAGGAUCAGGAAAUGAUCAACGUCCACCUCGAAAACACAUAAGUAAAGAAGAAGCUUUAUGGCAACUAGAAAUAAAAGAUUUAAUUUGGUUGGAACUUCAAGCGUACCACGCUGGACGUACAACCGUCGACGAAGAUAAUUAUAUUUGUAUAGCUCGCGAGUGUAUUGGUUCAUUAUUGAAUGAAAUCAUGAUGUAUAAAUUUCGUAGGAAGAAAAAACGUGUUUCUGUGACAAGUCAAGAUAGUGGUGUUGAAUCGGAUGAUUGUUCCGGAUGUUUAUCAAUGUUUUGUACAUCGUGUUUAGAAGCCCAAAACGAUGCUUUGCGGGAAGUCGAAGAAUUAAUGCAACGAUUAGAAAAAGUUGAGGGACUUUUUAUGUCGAGUAAAGCUUUCGCGGAGGUUUAUCCUCUUUAUAAAAGUCCUGAAUUUGUUGGGAGGGUGAAAGCAAUGUGUCUUUGGUAUAAUAUGAUGAAACAUCAACGAUUAAAAUUAGCUAUUUUGGGCCGAAUGUUAGCGUUUUUAGAGAAUAAGUAUUUUCAUUGGCCAACAACGAUUUCUUAUGAUGGUUGUUCAGCUGAUUCAACAAGUCCUUCUGAUAGCAACAGUUCAAAUUCAUCGGUUGAUUAUCUAGUCGAUAAGGCGCCUUUAGAUAUUUACGCGCACCAAUUAUUCUUAACGAAUAAAUCGAUGGAUUUAAAAACUAAUCCUUAUAGGAAAUAUAUUGAAAAUAUUUUAAAAACGAGAGGUUUAAAUAAAAGUAUGCAAUUUUUAGAGAAAUUGCACACAGAUAUUUUAAUGAGAGCUCAGAUUACAUUGGAAAGACCGGGUGAUACAGAAAUAUUUAUAAAUUCAACUUCAAAUCUAACAGAAGAUGAUCAUGAUUUAGAAUUAAUCCGUUACGGUUGUCAUUCGCCUGAAGCUAAAUCAUUAGAUUUACCCUCAUACAAAGCAGUAUUUUUAUACUUAUCAACGGUACCUUUAAAAGUAAUCCACGAAUUUCUUUUAAUGCGACUCGAACAAAAACCAAAAAACCCAUCCCCGUUAAGUAUAAGACAAUUAACGCGCGAAUUAAAAGAUGGAAUUCGUAUAGCAACGCGCCAUCGAGAUCGGGUACUUACAAAUUAUCACGUCGCUUUAAGCGGAAGUUCAAAAGACGCGAAAGAGUUUUAUGUGCAAAGUUUGGAUUCUUUCGACGAUACGCUACAGGAAGUUUUUAAGGAUUAUUUGGAGUAUUUAGAGGAGUGGGCGCUGUUGCAACACGAUAAUUUCCAGAAAAAUUUAUUGGAGGAAGAGUGGAAGUUUAUUGUUGAAGUGGCUCCAAGUAUUCAAGGACCAGAUUUAAAAAGACUCGGUUGGCAACUAGCUAUGAAGAAAAUGACAUCGAUUCUUUGUAAAUUAAUGAGUGGGAUUGGUGAAAGGCUUAUGGAACGACUCGAUGAGAUUCAAAUUGAAAUUCAACAUGAAGAAGAUGAUGAUGUUAAUCAAAAAAAUAUGUUUUUGGGAAUGCUACGUGAACUUCAAGGUGUUUUUAAAGACGAAAGAGAAAUGGUAGCAAAAACGAUGGCAUUCGCACGAACCGUUCUUAAAAACAACACUCAUCACCUCAACAUCGACAUUAUCGAGGAUUUCAAGCACCAAUACGUCCAAUUAAAAUGUCUCAUAGCAAACGCAAUCGAAAAAGCCCAAGUUAUGUGUGAUUCUCUUCCUAUGGAGCAUUUAGAUGAUGCCGAAAAAAUGACUUUAAUCGCACGAUGCAGAGAGAUUCUAUUACAAGGUUAUAAAUUCGGAUUUGAAUUUUACAAAGAAAUGUCUGAGUUUAUACCAAAAGAUGCCAGAGAAAAGUUAUCGCGAAGUAUGAUUCAAUUUGCAAAGCUUUGGAUGAAAUUUACGAUGGAGAGGUGCGAAAGAGGGCGAGGGAGAAGACCGCGUUGGGCUUACCAAGGUCUUGAUUUUCUUUUAACGGUUUGCGAACCUCAAAAUACUAUGUAUUUAACCGACGAGGAAUUCGACGAUCUUAAAAAAAGUAUGGAUGCGUGUAUUUCGCAUGUAAUCGGUUCGAUGACGCCGGAUGUUCACACUCCAAAACUGAUGUUGGAAUUCACUCGAAGCCAAUCUUUAAGAGGGCGAGGAUCUUCUCCAAGUACAAGAACACCACCUUAUAAAACUCAACGGUCCAAUAAUCGUAAGCAAAGUGUCGAAUCGAGUCCGGAAAAAUCGCCAAGAAUUUCUAAUGGUCCAAAAUGCGUCAGUUUAAGCGAAGGCUUAGAAAAAGCAAAUAAAAAAUCGACCGUUCGACAAGAAAGAUUAAUGGCAGCUGUAAACGAAUUGGAAGAGUCUUUAGAUAAAAAGUUAAAAGAAGCCGAAUUAAUCGGAACUGUAAUGAAUUGUCCAAAAGAAGCGAAUCAUAAAGCACACAUUCGAAGACGCCACGUUACAUUUACUUGGCAAAGAGGUAUUAAAAUCGGCCAAGGAAGAUUUGGGAAAGUUUACACGGCUGUGAAUAAUACAACCGGAGAAAUGAUGGCUAUGAAAGAAAUAAGUCUUCAACCGAAUGAUGUUGUAACAAUUCGCAAAGUAACCGAAGAAAUAAAAAUUUUAGAAGGGAUUAACCAUAGAAAUAUCGUUCGAUAUUACGGAUUAGAAGUCCAUAAGGAGGAGAUGUUAAUUUUUAUGGAAUUUUGUCCUGAAGGGACGUUGGAAAGCUUAGUUGCUGGAACUGAAAAUGGUUUACCAGAAAUUUUAAUUCGAAAGUAUACUUAUCAGUUGACUUGUGGUGUUGCUGUUCUUCAUGAACAUGGUAUUGUUCAUCGUGAUAUCAAAACUGCCAAUAUUUUUUUGGCGGAUGAAGGGAAUUGUUUGAAAAUUGGUGAUUUUGGGUGUGCUGUGAAAAUUAAAUCGCACACUACUAUGCCAGGGGAGUUACAAGGGUUUAUUGGAACUCAAGCUUACAUGGCUCCUGAAAUGUUUAUGAAAACCCAAGUGAAUGGUCAUGGAAGGGCAGCUGAUAUUUGGUCUGUUGGUUGUGUAGUUGUUGAAAUGGCCACAGGAAAGAGACCUUGGGCGGAAUUUGAUUCAAAUUACCAAAUAAUGUUCCGCGUUGGAAUGGGUGAUCGACCGGAAGCUCCCGAAAAUCUCAUUGAUGAAGGUCACGAUUUCCUUAAUAGAUGUUUACAACACAACGCAAAGGAACGAGCGACAGCCGCCGAAUUACUACAACAUAAUUUCGUUAAAAUCGGCGAAGAAGAAUAGGUAAUAAGUAAUGAGCAAUUAAUUAUUAUUCAGAAAAGAUCAGGUAUUUUAUUUUUAAACAAGACUGAGCAUGAUGUACUACUAAUUUUAACAUUUAAAGAAUUAAGUUUUAAACAAAAAUUUUAAAAAGAGUAUUUAUUGGAAUUGUGGAAAGGGAUAAAUAUUAAUAGGAACAAAAUCUUUUAGUUGACCUAAUGUCGUUAAAAAAAAAUUUAUUUAAUCCCAUUAAUUAAUUUAAUUAUUACAAUUUCGGCUGUCUAUUAUUAAUUUUAACUUAAGCUAUUCGUUAGGAAUUCGCGAAGAAUUGAUUUUAAAGUGUUUAGUAUUAGUGACAACUUGUGAUUAUGAAGAAAUAAAGUAGGAGUAGAAACAAACAAUUGUAAUUAUUGUGAAUAUAUUUUAUAUCUGA